CUUAUUGAAUUAUUAUUCUAAAAUAAGUUUAUAUCUUUUAUAUUAUUUCUUAAAAAAAUUAUGUAAAAUAACGUGGGUUUGAGUGUCGGAGUCGGACACCAAACAGUAGAGAAAAAAAAAAGUGAAAAGUGUUGAAUUUGGCGCGUCUAUAAAUACGACACUCCAUCGGAAUCUUCCUUCCAUAGAACGCACCACACAGCAACCCAUCGGAAUAUUCCCUUUCUUCGUUUUGAAUCACUGGACGGCAUGGCCACUUCCAUUGGCUUCGUCGACGGCACUUCUACGGAAUCCGCAUUGAUCUUUCUCGGCAGCGGUUGUUCGAGCAUGGUUCCCAACGUCAUGUGCCUCCUUCAGCCUUCUGACCCUCCCUGCCCCGUCUGCGUCCAGUCAUUGUCUAUCCCUCCCGAACGAAACCCUAAUUACAGGUCCUCUUUUCUCUUCUUUCAUUUCUUUUCUCUUUCAAGAAAUUUCCUCAAGAUCUCGAUUUGCAGGUGCAAUACGUCUCUCUUAAUUGAUUACUGCGGCGACGCCAACGCUGGUGAUCGUAAGUAUAUAUUGAUCGACGUCGGCAAGACCUUCAGGGAGACCGUGCUUAGGUGGUUCGUUGCCCAUCGGAUUCCCAGAGUUGAUUCUAUUAUUUUAACUCAUGAACAUGCCGAUGCAGUCCUUGGAUUGGAUGAUGUACGUGCUGUGCAGGCUUUUAGUCCAACAAAUGAUAUUGAUCCCACACCUAUAUACUUGAGUCAGCAUUCAAUGGAUAGCAUAGCAGAGAAGUUUCCUUAUUUGGUUCAGAAAAAGCGUAAGGAAGGGGCAGAAAUACGAAGGGUGGCUCAAAUUGACUGGAACAUUAUUGCUGAUGACUGCAAUAAACCUUUUCUUGCAUCGGGAUUAAAAUUCACUCCUUUACCAGUUAUGCAUGGAGAGGAUUACAUCUGUUUGGGCUUUCUUUUUGGUGAGAAAAACAGGGUGGCUUAUAUAUCUGAUGUUUCCCGGUUUCCUGCUAGUACAGAGUAUGUCAUCUCGAAAAGUGGAGCUGGACAGUUGGAUCUUCUUAUAUUGGAUUCUUUGUAUAGGUCUGGGUCACACAAUGUUCACCUUUGUUUUCCACAGACUCUAGAAACUGUGAAGAGGUUGUGUCCUAAGCAAACACUACUAAUUGGCAUGACUCAUGAGUUUGAUCACCAUAAAGACAAUGAGUUUUUGAUGGAGUGGUCCAAAAGGGAAGGAAUUCCGGUGGAGCUUGCUCAUGAUGGUUUGAGAGUCCCCAUAAACUUAUAGUAAGGAAAGGAAAUAUACUUCAUGUUAUUGCAGGUUAAAGCAUGUGACAAUGUAUACCGCAUACUGUUGAUCUUAAUUAGAUUGGGUUGGAGCAUUAAUAUUCUUUACAAAAUAUCCUCGACUUCUGCAGUAGUAAAAAGCCACAUUUUUGCUAGAGGUUGCAUUUCUGCAGUAGUAAAAAGCCACAUUAUUUUGAUGGAAAUCCCGAUUCUUCUGAUUGAACUUGUGAAAGCUUGUAUUAGAAUAAUUUUAUAGUCGACUCCUUGAUGCCGGAAAACAAAUUGAGUAGCAAUGAGUUUUAAGAGCUCAAAAAAUUCACAACUUAAAUUUCUUUUGCAGUCACCGAGUUACUCUACGAUGAAACUAAUCUGCUGGCUACAAAGUUGUAUUAUUCAAUUGUAUGGUAAUUGUUAUAAAUAAUUGGUCAACUUAACAUUUGCUCA